UCAACAGGUCAGCACAUUCUUAGUGCAUUGACUACAUUUCUUCACUUUAGAAUGAAGCAGUGGUCAUCAACCCUGCUCGUGGAGAUCUGCCUUGUCAGAGUUAAGCUCCAACCGUGAUCAACUCCAUCUGAUCCAUGUAAUCUUUGCCUUGUUAUUGUGUUGUUUACAGUGGUUGGUUAGCUGAAAAAGGUGUAUUCUCUUUGUGAUGGGGUGAUAAAUGUAGGUAGGUGGAUCUCCAGGAAGAGAGUCGGAGACCACUGGAAUAGAGGGCCAGUUUGUCUUGAUUUACACCUAACUACUAAAGUAUUGAUAUGAAUCAAAAGAUGCUCUGGUCAUAAACAUAUUCAACGGAAAACUACACAUAGGCCUCAACAACUGAAUCUAAUUAUUUUUUACAUAUAGUGCACCUUUAUUAUAUCAUCCAUUUCUUUCAGGAGGCUUGUGUUCAGUUUUUUUAAUGAAAUCUGCAGGGAUGUUUUUCCACACCUCCAAAGUUCAGUCGUACAAGUUGGUUGCAUUUUUCGCUUCUCACAAUCCAAAUAAUCCCAAACACAUUCAGUGAUGUUGAGGUCUGGACUUUUGUGUUUUCUUGAUUUUUUUUUAAUCUAUUUUCUUUUCGCAGUAAAGGGCUUCUUGACAGCUACACGUCCUUUCAGACUCAUAGUGCUAAUUGUCUUCUCAGAAUGGAAGGAUGGACAGAAACAGCUGUUUGAUGUUUUCAGAUCUGAAGCAAGAGUGGAGCUUGAUUUUCUCCUCUCUCUCAAAGAUGAAAGCUUUAAGAGCUGUUUAUCUGAAGGGGGACAGUUUUGGUGGUCUUCCAGGCCUUGCAGUGUUAUUUAGGUUAUCUAAGCUUACUAGCUGUUUUGACUGGUAACUCAAAAAGGCUGUGUCUUUACAGUAAGUGAAAAUAGAAUAUAACCACACAGACUGGCUUUUUGCACUAACUCCGCCUUUUAAAUCAUGUGACUGUAUAAGACCACAGUGCCUACUCAGGCUGUAAUAUUCAUAUCUACCAUGAACAAAAACAAGGCAGCACUGGGAGAAGCUGUGCUCAAGGGCAAAUUAGACAGUAAAGUUAUUUGGUAUUAUCCAGAAUAUAAGAGACUGCUAUCUUUCAAUCACUUCACACCCAGAGGGAGGCUAAGAGAGGCACAAACUGAAUUGCAGCUAUACUGAAAAGUUAAAGCCUACAUUUGUUUAGGUGGUUUCAGGACAUGCAUAUAUAUACACCAGCCCUUCAUUUGCAACUGAUUUGAUGAGGUUGAUUGCAUCACAGCAGCUGUUUUCCUCAGGAUUUCCUUUCCUUUUCAAGUUGCGGUCAGAAAUUUUGUGGCGCCGCGUACGCUUUGACAGGUGAUAAAAGCUGCAUUCUUCCUCAAAGGUGACAGAAUGAAUUAUAUCAAUGACUCCUACGACUAUUUUUUCAAUGACAAUUGCACUUUUUUGCCUGAGUUGGAUGAUCAUGAGGCCAUCAGAGUGGUGUCACUGACCUUCUACUGCCUGACCUGUGUCCUUGGAGUCCCUGGGAAUGCCAUCGUGGUGUGGAUUGCUGGUGUGAAGAUGAAGAGGACAGUGAACACCACCUGGUUCCUUAACCUGGCCAUCGCUGACCUUCUCUGCUGCCUCUCCGUACCUUUUACCAUGGCAGAAAUCCUUUUAGAAGGCCACUGGCCAUAUGGAAAUGUCAUGUGCAAGGUCCUGCCUGCUGUCAUCGUUCUCAACAUGUUUGCCAGCGUCUUCACGUUGAGCCUCAUAGGUCUGGAUCGCUUCAUCCAGGUUGUUAAGCCAGUUUGGGCUCAGAAUAAUCGUAGCCAGGGGCUGGCUUGGGUAUGCUGUGGUGUGGCCUGGGUCUUGGCUUUUCUCUUAAGCCUGCCCAACAUGAUCCUACGUGAGAUUUACACUUCUGAAAACUACACGAUCUGUGCAUUCAAUUUUGACAUUGAGGAAGAAGACCUUUGCAAAGAAGACGGCGUUCAUGACUCUUACAGGGCAUUAACUGUCAGCAGGUUUGUGCUGGGCUUCCUGAUACCUCUGCUGACCAUAACAGCCUGCUACAGCCUCAUCGCCCGGAAGGUCAGCAGCAGGCAGUUCCGCUCCGGAAGAGCGUUCCGCAUUAUGCUGGCCGUCGUCGUGGCCUUCUUUCUGUCCUGGUUGCCAUAUCACGUGCUGGGCUUGGUAGUGUCCUAUGGUGGGCCGCAGGUCUCCAGGCUAGCUAGACCGAUAGACCCAUUGGUCAUCUCUUUGGCAUACAUCAACAGCUGCAUGAACCCUGUCCUGUAUGUGUUCAUGGGGCAGGAUUUUAAAGAGAAAGUCAAGAUGUCUCUGAGACGGAUCUUCGAGAGAGCAUUCAGUGAAGACGGCACACACUCUUCGGUGAACUCCAAAGGAGUGCAGUCUCACGCCACCAACACAUCAGACGCACUCUGACCAAACACCGGUGGAUUUACAUGCAUUUAUAUUGUAUAUAGUAGAUCACUGACAGACAAAACCUGCAUGCAACUCCUCUUGCAUUAAUUUUUUUAAACUGAACUGUACUAAUACCUUAUGCCAGUACCUUUCAGUAAAAGUGUAAUAUACACAAUGUGGGCAAAAGCAUUGGGACACCCCUCCUAAUUAUUGAGUUCAGGUGUUUCAGCCAAACCCAUUGCUAACAGGCAGAUAAAAUCAAGCACAUAGCCUUGCAGUCGCCAUAGACAAACACUGGCAGUAGAAUGGAUUGUACUGAUGACCUCAGUGACUUUAAAUAUAGCACUGUCAGCUAUUAUUGUGAAAUGAAAGUGUCUAGAAGCAACAACAGCUCAGCCACAAAGCUGUAGACCACGCAAACUCAGAGUGGGGCCAGCAAGUGCUGAAGCUCACAGUGCCUAUCCUCUGUUGAAUCAUUACUGAACUCUACUGAAUGGAUGGGCAAAACAUCCCACUACACACUGCAAAAUCUUGUAGAAAGCUUUGCAGAAGAGUGGAAGCUGUUAAAGCUGCAAAGGGGGACCAACUCCAUUAUAAUGCCUAUGGAUUCAUAAUGGGAUGUCAUGAAAGCUCCUAUAGGGUGUAAUGUGUAGGUGUCCCAUGUCUCAAUACUUCUGUCCAUAUAGUGUGUGCGUAUAUAUAUAUAUGUACUGUACGUAACAGGGAUAAGUAUUAUACUUAAGCUUAUACUGCCGAGUAUAAUUGAUAUUUGUAUGUAUUUCACCUAUACUUG